AUGUCGGACUCGGGGAUACAAGACGGCAAGCCUAUGGUUGAAAACCAGCACGAGAUUGAUCAUGACCGCGAGCAUGAUGAGGAGCAGGAACAAGGAACUGAGAUGUCAGCGACCGAGGAGGAAGAAAUCACUGCCAUGAAGCGCCGUGUGGCAGAGAUGGAAGAGGAGGCUAAGAAGCUCCGCGAGAUGCAGGCGACCUUGGAGCAGCAGUCUGCGGAGCUUGCAGAUGACAAGGAGUCAAUCGAUGCGCGCAGCAUCUUUGUCGGCAAUGUCGACUACUCCGCCUCCCCUGAGGAUAUUCAGGGUCAUUUCCAGAGCUGUGGUUCCAUCAACCGGGUCACCAUCCUGCUUGAUAAGUUUACUGGGCAACCAAAGGGCUAUGCCUACGUCGAGUUCACCGAGCCCAGCCUAGUCGCGCAAGCUCUCGUUCUCAACGAGAGCAUGUUCAAGGGUCGCAGCAUCAAGGUUACCCCAAAGCGCACCAAUGUUCCCGGCAUGAGCCGUGGUCGUGGUCGCGGCGGAUUCCGCGGUGGCCGAGGCAGCUUCCAGGGUCGAGGCGGCUUCCCUAGAGGAGGUGGUUAUCGUGGUGGCUACCGCGGUCGUGGACGAGGCUUUGCCCCCUACUAGGAGCAGGGUCGCGCAUUGCCUAUUGGACAUGGACAACGACCCGAUCAGCCCAAGCCUUUCGAGAUCGAGGUUGAAGAUCCUUUCGGGCUUGAUAAUAAGCCUUACUGGCCCGGGUUUGAUAACUAAUUGUGCGGUUACUGUGUCGGGUAUUUCUUUUUUCCUCUGUUCAGGGUUGCAGUCAUAAGGAGAAGGGUGCGUUUAACAAGGACAAGAUGAUGCAUGUCAUCCAUCAAUCAGAUAAGAUGGGAAAUCACAACCCUCAGCGACGCUGAGGAAGGGAACCGGAGUUUUAGGUCUUUACUUACUUAUAUUUUAUCUUAUCAAAAUUACAAUGGAGCUGGUUCGCAG